AUGGCUCCAACCAUUAAGAAGCUGCUUCUAGAAACCCUGGAGGAGCUGGUUGAAGACGAGCUGAAGAGAUUCAAGUGGCACUUGUCAGAAGGUGUGCUGGAAAACUUUCCUCAUAUCCGAAAGAGUCAACUGGAAAAAGCUGAUAGGCAGGAUACUGUAGAUAAGAUGGUGAAGACCUAUGGCCAUGAGGGAGCUGUGGAAAUGUCACUAGAGAUCCUGAGGAAGAUGAACCAGAAUGAUCUUGCUGAGAAGCUUCGUGGAGACAGCCAAACAGCUACGUUCACACUCCGUCAUCAAGCAACCCAGCCGAAUUCACCGAAAUUAUCAAGCUUCCUGAUGCUGUUUGGAUGUGCCAGUUCUUCAAUCUUGAAUGGAGGAAAAUCAGACGACAGAAUGAGAUCCAAGCAUAAAAGAAAAAAAACUGUUGAAAAGCCAUCUAAGACCUUCCAAAAGGAACUGAAAUCCAAUCUGGUCAAACAAGGAAAUGAAAAUCUUAACAUGGUCUACACAGAGCCUUGCAUCACAGAUGGUGGAAGUGAUGAUGUUAGUAAUGAACCUGAUGUUGGACAGAUUGAGACAUCUAGAAGACCAGCGAAACAAAAGAUGCCCCUCAAUUACAGUAACAUCUUUCAAACCUCAUCUGGAGCAGACAGAUAUAUCAGAACUCUAAUGACAGUGGGAGUUGCUGGUAUUGGGAAAACUGUGUCAGUGCAGAAGUUCAUUCUUGAUUGGUCUGAAGGAAAAGCCAAUCAGGAUCUUCAGUUCCUUUUUCCAAUUACUUUCCGGGAUCUGAAUUCACUGAAGGAGAAAAAACUCAGUUUGAUUGAACUUAUCAAUCACUUUUUUAAGGAAACCAAAGAAUCAGGGAUGUCUAAUUAUGAUGACGUCAAUGUUUUGUUCAUCUUUGAUGGUCUUGAUGACUUUGAACAUCCUCUUGACUUCCAGAGCAUUGAGACCUGUUGUGAUGUCAGAGAGUCUACCUCUGUGGAUGUGCUUUUGACAAACCUCAUCAAGGGGAAUCUGCUUCCUUAUGCUCAAAUUUGGAUAACCUCUCGACCUGCAGCAGCCAAUCGCAUCCCUCCUGAAUACAUUGACUAUGUGAUGGAAGCACAAGGAUUCAAUGACCUUCAGAAGGAAGAGUUUCUCAAGAAGAAAAUUAAUGAUGAGAGCCUGGCCAUAAGGGUCAUUGAACACAUUAAGUCAUACAGGGGCCUCUACAUGAUGUGCAACAUACCAGAGUUUUGUUGGAUUUCUGCCACAGUACUGGAGAAAAUUGGAGUUGAACCAGAGAGUGGAGAGAUGCCAAAGACUAUCACUCAGAUGUAUGGGCAGUUCCUAGCAUUUCAGAAGAAGGAUGGUGCAGAAAGUUGUGUGGAUCUUCUGUGGACAAAGGAGAGCAUCCUGUCCAUGGGUAAACUGGCAUUCCAACAGCUGGAUAAAGGCAAUCAGAUAUUCUUUGAGGAAGAUCUAAAUAACUGUGGAAUUAAUGAUAGUGAGAUCAAUUUGUACUCAGGUGUGUGCACAUCGCUUUUUGUGGACAAUUGUGAGCAGUCCCAGGGGAAGGUGUUCAACUUUAAACAUCCAAGCGUUCAGGCAUUUCUGGCAGCUCUGUAUGUGUUUCUGUCCUUCAGACUGGGUGAGAACCUAAUGUCCAAACAGAAAAAAGACAACCGUGUAAACAAUUUCUAUAAAGAUGCAGUGGACAAGGCUUUGAAUAGUGAGAGUGGACAUCUGGACUUGUUUCUACGCUUCCUAUUGGGCCUCUCACUGGAGUCCAAUCAGGGUCUCCUACAAGGCUUUCUGACCGAGACUGGAAACAGCUCAAAUAACAUUGAAGAAACAAUAAAGUACAUCAAAGAGAAAAUCAGAAAAAAUCCCUCUCCAGAAAGUUGCGUCAAUCUUUUCAUAUGUUUGACUGAGCUGAAUGACCAUUCCCUAGUGGAGGAUAUCCAAAGGUUUUUGAGCUCAGGAAGUCUCUCAGAAACCAAACUGUCAGCUGCACAAUGGCGAGCUCUGGUUUUUGUGUUGCUGACUUCAAGUAAAGAGCUGGAGGAGUUUGACCUAAGAAAAUACUGUAGAUCAGAGGAUGGUCUUCUUAGAAAUAUCCCAACACUCAGAGUGAACAGAGGUGCUCGGUUAGAGAUCAUCCAAAAAAGCUCCAGGUUGGAGGUUGGUCUUCUGCGGCUGCUGCCAGUAGUCAAGGCCUCCCAAAAAGCUGUGUUGACUCAUUGCAACCUCUCACAUAGUAGCUGUGAAGCAUUGGUCUCAGUCCUCAGCUCAAACUCUUCUCUCCUGAAAGAGUUGGACCUCAACAUCAAUAACCUAGAGGAUUCAGGAGUAAAACGUCUAUCUUCUGGAUUGACAAGUAUACACUGUAAACUGGAGAUACUGAGGCUGAAUCGAUGCAACCUCACUGAGAGAUGCUGUGAAGUGCUGGCCUCAGUUCUCAGCUCAAACUCGUCACACCUAACAAACUUGGACCUGAGUGACAACGACCUGAAGGAUUCAGGAGUGAAGCUGCUCUCUGUUGGAUUAGCAAAACCAGAGUGCAAACUGGAGAUCCUAAGGUUGUCUGGCUGUCUUGUCACAGUGGAUGGGUUUACUUCUCUGAAUUUAGCGGUGUCGUCUAAGCGCUCACACCUGAGAGAGCUAGAUCUGAGCUACAAUCACCCAGGAGACAUAGGAGUAAAGCUUUUCUCCAAAGCACUGAAGAACACAAGCAAUAAACUUCAGAAAAUAAUUGUGGAACCUAAAGGGGAGAUCUGGUUAAAACCUGGUCUAAAGAAAUGUAAGUAUUAA